UGAUAUUUCUCUAGUGAACAUGUUAGAUCAUCUCACUUCAAGAUAAACCCUAAACAGCUGAAACGCCAAUUUCGUUCCUCAAGUAGCUGCAGAAAGCUCGUCACAAACACUCAAAUCUCUCUCCACACACACACACACACACACACACACACAUAUCAGCAGGUAGAAAGGAUGGUUUGGUUUCAGUGCGAGGACUGCGGAGAGAACCUGAAGAAGCCCAAGUUGCCGAAUCACUUUAGAAUUUGCUCUGCGAACAAGUUAUCAUGCAUUGAUUGCGGACAAACAUUUGGGCAGCAGAGUGUUCAAGGCCACACUCAGUGCAUUACUGAAGCGGAAAAAUAUGGUCCAAAGGGCCAAGUAAAAACUGCAAAUGCUGCGACUUCUAAGGGAAAAAAUGAUUUGAAGCAAAAACCUAAUAUUGAUAUAAAUGUUGGGUUGUCAGAACGCCCCCCAUGGUUUUGUAGUCUCUGCAAUACUCAAGCUACUAGUCAACAGACCCUGCUUCUCCAUGCCGAAGGAAAGAAGCACAGGGCAAAAGCUCGAGCUUUUCAUGCAGCUAGGCAACCACCUAAACAGACAGUAGAAUCCACUCCCAGUUCUAAAGUUUCAACUGAAAGAACUCCAAAGGAUGAGCUACCUGGCAAUAAAGAUGUGGUGGAACCAGAGAAACAGGAUCAGCCUAGAGCUGCGCUAGCAAGUAACAUUUCAGAAGCAGAAAAUGGGAGUCUGCCAUUAACUAAAAAGAGAAAACACAAUGCAUCUGAAACUGGAGCACCUAAGAUGAAGGUGGAAGGGUCUUCAGGUGAAUUAGGAAAUGGGGAAGUAAUUCAAGGUGAAAGAGCAGAGGCUGCGAAAACAAAGUACCAGCUGAAGAAAGCAAAGCAAAGUGUGCCUGAUGAGGAUGAGAGAUUGGAAUCUGGCUCUACCCUGGAAGACACCAAAAACAAAAUAAAGUGGAAGAAGUUGAUCACUUCAGUCCUGAAAGCUAAUCCAAAAGGAGUUCUGAAAAUGAAGAAACUGAAAAAACUUGUUCUUAAGGCUCUCCGAGAUUCUGACAUCACAGAAGAUGAAUCCCAACUCAUUAAUGUGCUUGAGCACAAGGUUAAUUCUAGUUCCAGAUUCAGUGUCAAUGGCAAGUAUGUUCAUCUGGUGGCCAAAAGUUGAAUAUGGGUAUUAUGUCUGUUGAAGAACUGCAAUCCAUCGGAGUAGUUCUCUAUUGCAAGCGUUAGUUUAUCUCACAUUCGAUAAAAAUUAAAAUAUAACCAAAUGAAGCAUUAGAAAUGAUUUCGGGUCUCCCCUACUUUCUACUUCUAGAAGAAUUUUUCAGAAGCACCGUUGAGCCCAUCCGUGUACUGUUGAUGGAUUUUUGUGACGGGAAAGUUUUUUUUAAAGGAUAUAUAGUUUCUAGUCUUAUUGA